ACGAAAGGGCUCCAGCCAGACUCCAGCCAUUAGUUCAAACAAAAAUUAUAUGGCUGCAAUCUACUGAGUUGGUCUGACGGGCUCCGUGUUCAAAUUUCCUUUUUCUUCGAUUUUCUUAAAUGUGCUUCGUUGGGAAACUCUAUUGUUCGGUUUGUUUUCGCUGUCCCUCGUCUGCCAUCAGUGAGCUAUCGAUAUUUUAAGUGAUUUUCGGGCUGAAAAAGUGAAUUUACUGAAUCUGCUUUUGUUUGUGCUUUGUUGGUGUCGAGCACCUUACCAUACCGAUCUGGACAAAGUUUGAAGCACUACUAAAGCCCGGAUACGAAUCGCCGAACCGGUUCCAGCAAUGGUCCCGGUGUGGACGACGGCAGUAGUAAGUGAACGCGUAUCGAACGAGCAACAGUCUUGUAGUGACCGGGGUCGAACCCUUCUGAGCGAGAUGGGGUCCACGCGUAACCGAGUGCCUUCCCAGCAAAUUCGAGAUGAUUUUCUGCUGGAGACUAACUUCGACGACGAUGGAACGCUCACGAGGGCCUACAAUACCUUGAACCAGCAGGGCAACGGAGGAGGAGGAGGAGGAGGACGGGAAUCGUCGGGCCAGUAUCAGCAACAACCCUUACAGCAGAGAUCCGUCAGCCGGAGGAGUCUCCCUUAUCGGUCGAACUUAUCUGUGGAUCGGUACUCCGAUAACACGAUACACGGUCGAAGCUCCAGAGGAGAUUGUUGCAAAUCAUGCAUGACCCGGAUACCGUACGCGACCCUGAUCGCGACGGUCAUGUGCCUUAUCGGGGUAGGCAUCUUCUGCGGCACCAUGUACCGCGGAACGUCGCUUGCGAUCAUCAUGCUCGAUCAGGUUUUCCAUCUGCGGCUGUUGUGGAUCGAAGCCGUUCAGAUGAUUUUCGUUGUUAUCGGGGCAUCGAUGGCCGCACUUGGGUUGAUGAUCCUUUUCGUGGGAUUUCUGGCUACUGGGGCCACGCGGUAUAAGGUUUACCGGGCCUGGGGAUCACGCGUCGGUGGCCGCAUUUCCUGUGCCGUGUUUAUGGGCAUAACGUACUUCCUGAAAAUUGUGUGGAUCGUGAUUUUCAGCUUCCUGGGCAUCGUGACCUUUGUGUUUACCGUUUUCUGGCACAUGUGCGCCAAUCCAAACGUACAGCAGCACAGAAAUUGUAUUGAUUUGACUCAGUUUUAUUUCAUGUUCCCGGCCGGCGUUAAGCAAGAGGACAUGACCAUUUGCGAGCAAAGCAAGGUGAAGGCCUUCUGUAAGGACGGUGUAGAAAAGUGUGAAAUCAUGUUCAUCCUGGCCACCGUCAGCUGCCUGCUGAUUAUUCUCAGCUUGGUGCACUAUCUGAUGUGCCUGGCCGCCAACUACGCCCACAUCCGUGAUCACGAAAAGUUCCAGGAGCUGCAGGAGAUCCAGAACCUAACCGAGAUGGAGUACACGGCCGCGUCGAAGGAUCGGUUCUAGGAUACGGCCCAGGGGAUUUAUAUUGAGCACAGCACCUGAUGCGGACGGUGGCCGGUCGCUUGCGGCGCUUUACGAGCAGCUUACGUUUGAGUUUAUGUCCAAGUAACUGGAACAGCCUCAAUUUUGGUAUGUGUAUUUUCAAACGAUCUUGUUUUUAGUAUUUAGGUUUUGAAUUUGGUCAAAGUCUAAACUCUAAUUAGUUAUGUCGUCCCACCUUGAAUAUGUUGAUCCGUCCAUUUUUCGUACAGAUAAGUAAAACAAUUUGAUACUUUAGCUUCAUAUUUUCAUCGACCUGCUCAAUAUAAGUACUCCUGGAAACUUGUUCCCACAACAUCGCACAACUUUAAAUGCAACCACACAAUUUUUGAAGGAAAAGUUGGGAGAAGCUCUGCAUUACAACUUCUCCAAAUUAAAUUCUUACUGAUCGAUUUUUGCUAUCAGUAAACGACUCACAAGGCUGACAAUAAUACCUACAACAUUUUCGCAAUCACUGAUUACACCUACUAAAAUUACGGCCUCGAACAUUACUUUAGUCGUGUGUAAACUACACCUUUCGGUAGACUAUCUUCAAAUCAUCAAAAAUCAAUCACAUAUCUCAACAUUUCCAGAAACGCAAAACCAGAAACAUCACAAAUAUGUACCCAUAUGCAAAUACCCACAACUUUGACGAAUAUUCCCGUUUAUAAGAAUUUUCUAUCUAAUUUUAACCUUCCUGCUUUGGUUGGUAAGAUAGAAAGUAAGUUCUAAUUUAACGGAAAUGUUCGUCGCUUCACCAUUUGCAUUAACGCAAAAAGCCCGACCUCUGACUCCAUGUGAUAACUGUAGAAUUCCAGAGAGAGAAAAACACUAAACUAUUACUAAAAAUAUGCUAUAUUUUUAGACAACCAAGUCUACUAUCAAGGUCGUUCAAAUGGACGAAAAAAUAUUUUUAUAAAACCAUAACAGAGACAAAAACAUCCAAAUUUACCAACCCGACUCAAACACAGAAGUUAUUCUUCUCGUUAGACUCAAGUCUGUUGAAACCGCUCGUAGAUAGUAGAAAUGGAAAACAGAUUCCCUGGAUUCUUACAAUCCGUACUUUAGGAAGGAAAAAUUUUAUAUCCAUUACUUAUAUAUUUUAACAAUCCAUUGACAAAUCAUGAAAUUCAUACAUAUAUCCCUAGAUUAUAUUCCAUGAACCUUAGAUGUGAACUACUAAAUUAAAUCCCCGACCCGCUUCUUUACCCAUUCAAUCGUCAACCGCUAAUCAUCCCUCAACCCUCAUUUAAUCACAUUUAUCGUCCUUUGAAAUAACACUAACAUAACCAGAACAAUGAGGACUAUCAACCUUCAAUUAAUCAGUAUUCGUUACCCUUCGAAAAAAAUCAUUCCAUACAACUUAUACUACUAACAUAAUCAUUCAAGUACUACGUAUAUUAAACUUUUUUACAUGGUCGCAUUUGGUGACACGUUCGUUCGUUCAAUGUUCGUUAGAUGUGUAAUUUCUCGUAACCUAGAAUACUAAUACUUAUGCUUAUUGAACCCUGUUAAGUGUCCCGAUCCCCAACAUUUCCCCCGUUUUCCUUCAAGCUGAGAGGCCAACAUUUUUAAACUCUAUGGAACUGAAAGUUCUGUCAUUCCUUAUAUCCUUAUGCCAAGAAUUGAUCACUACCGCGUGUGUUUCUUUCUAACCCUGUUCAUUAUGAUAAGUAAGAAUAAAAAUGUGAACACUUAUCAUGGCUUGUUAGCAAAAAAAAUGGCUAAAAACAUCACAUUUUCUCAUCUAAAGAAAAACAAAAUACAACAAAUACCUAAUUAAGCACAAACGUACGCGUUAACACAACAGUAUAAUAGGAGAGUAGGAUUGUUCGUAUUGUUUUGUCAUUCGAUAUGACGGAGACUUGCUCGAGGAUAAGUUAGGAAGUCACAAGGCAAAAUGAGAAAAGACAUAUAAGAAAUAAACCAAUCUUUUAGACGAACUUAUUGGUUCAAAAUUAUAAAACGA